AGGGCGCAGCCCUGAGGCUCCCGGCCCGCGAUCCCGGACUCUGGGUGUUUGUGGCUCGGGCCUUGGGCGCUGUGGGCCGACUCUCCCCAUCACAGAGAGAGAAAGAGAGAGGCAGAGACACAGGCAGAGGGAGAAGCAGGCUCCAUGCAGGGAGCCCGACGUGGGACUCGAUCCCGGGACCCCAGGAUCACGCGGUGCUAAACCGCUGAGCCACCCCGGGAUCCCCCGGAAGGCAUUUCUGAGUCCUUUGCUUCCUAUUGAUAGCUCCAAGCCGGGUUGGCUGAUUCUAUAGGAAUUUUGUGAGAAUCACAAUCAUGCAUGGAAAAAAUGCCUUCUAAAUUCUUACACACUCCCCCCAAAUUCUGACACAUUCCCCAAAGAUAGCUGCUCUUCACCAUCAGUAGCCAGCCUGAUUUUCCAAAUGGCUGCAGCUCCUCAAGCACCGGGGCGGGGUUCCAUCCGGAAGACAAGACCUUUAACUGUAAAGACAUCGUUAAACAACCCAUAUACUAUCUGCUGGACUACUCUAGAGAGAGAAGACAUGCACUUCAUAUUACAGACACUUCAAGACAGAUUUAAAUCUCUUGGGCUUCAGAAGAUUGAGGAUAAGAAGAGAAAGAAAAAGCAGUUUUUAAAAAAACAAAGCCCAGACAAAUGUAGCACAGAAGUUGAUAUGAGCGAGGAUCUGAAAGAGAAACAACCAGAAGAUAAUGAGCAAGGGUCAGGGUGGACUCCUGUGCUCGUCAGGAGGCAGCUUGCCAUCGGUGUUAAUGAAGUGACCAGAGCCCUGGAAAGGAAUGGGCUGCUGCUGGUCCUCGUGUGUAAGUCAGCCAAGCCUGCCAUCAUCACCUCCCACCUGAUUCAGUUGAGCUCCAGCAGAUCAGUGCCUGCUUGUCAGGUUCCCCGUCUCAGUGAGACACUCGCACCUGUCAUUGGCUUAAAAUGUGUCCUGGCCUUGGGGUUCAGAAAGGACACCACGGCUUUUGUUGAGGAGGUAAAAGCCAUAAUUCCCCGAGUACCCAGUUUACAUGUACCAUGGCUGCAUGGGCAGCCUAAAGAGGCCUGGGAAAAUGUAGACACUGAAUCUCUGGAAAGCCAGGACAAGGAGAUUUUAGAAACUUCCUUUGAAGACCCCUCUAAACGUAAAAAGAAGCUUGUGGAAGGUCAGCAGGCUAUAGUGUUACAACCCCUGAAAAUAAAGAAAGUGAUUCCAAACCCCAGUAAGAUAAGGAAACCACCCAAAAGUAAAAAACCAACUUCAAAGUAAUCUAUAAACUUGUAGUUUCCUACAGCUGUAAAAAGACACUCUGUAAAGAAGCCUUAAAACGAAUAAAAUAUGUUAUUUUUAUA